AUGCAAUGGAUUGCAACAGAAAAACUUGGUGUGCCAGGUUGUGUACAUAUCUUGGAUGAUUUUAUGUUUGUCUCACCCCCACAGUAUCAUUUAUGUUUAUCUUCUCUCCAAUCCUUCCUUAGGCUAGCAGAUGAACUUGGUGUGCCCAUAAAAGAUAAGAAAACCAUGCUCCCAGACACAGUUAUGUCCUUCAUGGGAAUUGAACUAGAUUCAACCCGAAUGGUAAAACGAUUACCUUCAGAUAAAAUAGAAAAAAUUCGACCUAGGUUACACUCUCUUAAGUUCAGACGAAAAAUCACCCUGGAAGAGCUCCAGUCACUCAUAGGCUUGCUACACUUUGCUUGUGCUGUGGUUACGCCAGGGAGGUGUUUUUUGCGUAGACUUAUUGACCUAACAAUAGGGCUAAAGAAACCACACCACAAACGUCGUCUGACAGCUGAAGCGCAUGCUGAUAUUAAGGCUUGGACAGUUUUCAUAGAUGAAUUUAACGGAACAGCCAUAAUGCUAGAUAAUGCAUGGGCAAUGUCAACAUCACUACACUUAUUCACAGACAGUAGCAUUACAGGCUUUGGGGGCUAUCUCAAAAACAUGUACUAG